UGGUUUAGAUGAAAAUAAAAUCAAUGAGAUUGAUGUGAUUCCUGAGAGGAAAGACCAGAUCAGGCUGGUUCUUCUGGGAAAAACUGGAUGUGGGAAAAGUGCCACUGGAAACACCAUCAUUGGCAGAAAUGUGUUUGAUUCUUCAGCCGCUUCAACCUCUCAGACCAAACAGUGUCAGUCAGAAACUACAGUGAGGAUGGGUAAAGAAAUAUCAGUGAUUGACACUCCUGGACUUUAUGAUACUAAACUCAGUGAAAAUGAGAUUAAAACUAAAAUAGGGGAAUGCAUAACUUUCACUUCUCCAGGGCCGCACGCUUUUAUUAUUGUGAUUAAAGUGGGUCGAUUCACUGAGGAAGAGAAAAAUACAGUAAAGAAACUUAAAGAAGUGUUUGGAGAACAGAUGGAAAAAUAUUCCGUGAUCCUCUUCACUCAUAAAAAACAGUUAAAGAAGAAAAAGCAAACCAUUGAGCAAUAUCUAGAAGAAGGUGAUCCAGCUCUUAAAGAACUUGUAGAGAGUUGUGGAAAACGAUUCUUCUGUCUGGACAACGAGUCUGCCAGUUUCCCACAGUUCAAAGAUCUGAUCAGGAAAAUAGAGACCAUGAUGGCAGAAAAUGGACACUUUUCAAAUGAGAUGUUUGAGGAAGCAGAGAAAUGCAUUCAGGAGAUUCAGAAGCAGAAACUCAAUGAGAAAGAAAAGCAGUUCAAACAGAAGCACAAACGAGUCUCUCAAACAGAAUGGCAGAAAAUAUACUGGCGUUUAGCAGAGGAGUCACGACGUGAGGCUAAGAAAUCGUUUUCUGACUCGUUCAUGGCAGAACUUCUUAUGUAUCCUCAAGUUAAAGGAUCAGAUGUACGCAGAGCACUGGAGUUGGUGACCCUUGAGGAGAAAGAGAGCACCAUAAAGGAAGCUGAGCACAAAGGAUUCAGAUAUGCAGAGGCCGUUCAACUUGCAAUCAGUGCCACACGAAAACUAGCAAAACAGAAAAUGUGUACAUUUCAGUGAAAAACUUAAUGAGACAGAAGACAAGUUUGUCCUAAACGAUCGUUGUGUACACAUCUGUAAUAUUUCCUAUCCACUGUUUCAACUUUUUUCUCUGCAGGUCUGUUUCUGGCCUAUCCUUUAUAUCCUUUCUCAUUUUUGUCUCUAACUGCACCCGUAUCAGGUUUCAGUGACAUGAC